AUGGAGUGGGCGAGUCGCGCCGCCGGCGCGGUGGGGGGCCCCGCUCAUCUCGGCGCCGCCUGGUACGGGCAGCACUGCACCUGCCACGUGGACCUGGGCGAGGUCUGUUCGUCCGACAAGGACCUGAUCAGGCUGCUCGAGGGGCAGCUCCAGCGGUGCGGACCGGCGAACCUCACGGUGCCGGCGCCGUGCCCUGUGCCGGAGUGCUCCGGCCACCCAGGGAGCGUGGUCUUCCUCGCCUCGCUCCUCGCCUUCUUCGCGGGAGCGGUCGUCUCGGCUGGGGGCAUCUGGGCCUGGUCGCAGCGCCAGUCUCGACGAGCCUGGCAGGGGUCUCGCCCGUCGGUCGCCGAGCAGCGGGUGCUCGUCUUCUACGACCCGGACCCCAGCGAGCUGCUAUGGCAUGAGCGCCUCUUGUGCGCUCACGUGCGGGCGAACGACUGGAUCGUGGCGACGCCCGACAGAGACAUCUACCUCGAGGACUUGGAGGGUGGUAUCGAGGGCAUGGUUCCGCUUGGCCCGAUGGGCGGCCUUCCUGUCGGGUGGUCGCGGGGGCCCACUUACUUGUUCCGCAACUCGGCGCAGGGCCCCCUCAGCAAGGCGGAGAGCGGCCGCUUGCAGGCGGAGGGCGAGGAGCUGGCCGUGGCCGAACGUGCUGGACUCGCUGCGGGUGCGCCGCCUCCGCUGCCCCCCCCGCUCGAGGCGCCGCCGGCGCUGGGCGCGGGGGGCGCCCCUGACCUGGGCGAAGGCGAGUGGCGCUUCAUGGAGUCUCGCGGCGGGGCAUGCCUGGGCGAGCGCGUGCCAGCUGGCCUCCUGGAGUCGGGCGUCUGCGUGGGGGACAGAGGGAUUGUCAAGUCCGAGGGCGUCCCCGUCUCUUGCCGCUUCUUCAAGGCCGGCGAGCAGAUGCCGACCCCUCGUGGCGACGGCGGGCCUGUCGAUUCUCCAGGGGAGCUCAGGACCCUUCCCGUCAAGUACGAGACAGCCGAGUCCCGGCACCGCUCGUGCAAGGAGGCCGCGGCGCUGACGACGACGACGAACUUCGAGGAUUGGCCGAUCAGCGGUCCGAGGACGGCGGAGUGGCUUGCACGGGAGAUCGCCCGCCAGGAGUUGACUCCCGUGAGACGUCACUACUGGUGGCGCCAGCUUCUCAGCCUCGGUCCCUCCGACUGGGGAGUGGGGGAGCACGAGGCGCUCAGCCGGCUCUUCGAGUACGCCCUGACGUACGACCAGCUGAACUUUGGAGAGCUCGCGUCGCUUGAGCUCGCGGGGCGCCGCUACCAGCUUCUGGAGGAGAAGUACGCGCGCAUGCUGGUGGAGGCGACCGCUGGUGGCGACGGCGCUCACUUGGACAACGACCGCCUGUUCAUGGGCGAGGAGCGUCGCCACGGCCGGGCGCUCGUCGCGCCCGCUCUGGAGUCGUGGGUAUCCCAGAGGCUGGCCGAGGAGAGCGCGGUGCUGAAGGAGCGACGCAAGGCGAUGGAGGAGCGUCAGCUGGCGCGCUCCACCGAGGUCGCUCCCGCGGGCGGCCGCGGCGCGGAUGACGACAAGAACAGGAUGGCGAGCGGCCUCGGUGAUUCAGGUGAGGUCCAUGAGUGGGCUCGCGACCUGCUGCCGCUGCCCACGGGACGCUGCCUCGCGGCUCUCCUGGAGGGCAUGUCGCCGGCGGUGCUGGGGGCGUCGCGCUGCGCGGAUCGGCGGCGGGCUCGUCGGCGGAACGCAGAGGCGUGGCUGCAGCAGGGCAUCGCGACGCUCAACACUCUGGGAGGGCGUGGAGAGAGCUGGGACCCCAAAGUGCUGCCGGGCGCGAUCCAGCGCCAGGCUUUGGCCUCCCUGGCCCGGGCCUACCACUCUGUUCCAGGUCCGCCUGCCGACCUCACCGCCUCGGGAGCGUGGAGUGCGCUCCGGGGUAGCGGCUCCGGCUAUGCCUGUGGAGGCGUAGUCGCCGGAGAGUUUGCGACCUACCAGCGCGGCAGGCUUGCUCUGCCGGCGGUCGGCGCGGAGGCGAUCGAUCUCGUCGACUGCCUGCCCGACCACUACCAGAAGUUGCUGGAGGCUAGCGAGCUCCUUGGCCCGGCCAUGGACCCGAUCCUGUCGCGGUCGCCGGGCAAGUUCGCCGAGUUUUUGACCAGUGCCUUUGACUCCGGAGUCGUGGAGCCCGCGACCGAGGUUCGCAGUUUUGUUGGAGUCUUUUUCGUUCGCAAGAAGGACGGCUCGCUGAGGGUCAUCUUCGACCCUAGAAUGACGAAUGCACGAUUUCUGCCACCUGAUCGCGUGGCUUUGGCCUCGCCCGAGGCCCUCGGGGACCUGGAGCUCCCCGCGGGGCAGCAGCUGUGGGUGUCCGAGGGUGACGUCGAGAACUGCUACUACCAGUUCCUCCUGCCCGCCGACCUCCGGGCCGACUUUGUGCUGCCGGCCGUCCCGAAGCGGUUCCUGCCGGCCAGGCUGAGGGAGCGCUUUCCUCAGGAUGCGCAGAGCGUGCACUUCCAGGUGCGCGUCGUGCCGAUGGGCUGGAGCUGGGCCGUUGCGCUGGUGCAGGCCGCCAACGCGGAGCAGCUGAAGACCGGCCCUUGGGGCGCACGCCGCUGGCUGUGCAACCGCCGCUGCGCGCCGUCUGUCGCAGCGCGUGAGCCGGCCGCGCUCCUGUAUAUUGACAACUUCGCGGCGCUUGGCACCGACAAGGCGGCGGUCGCGCGGGACGGCGACGCGAUGGAGGCGAGGCUGAGGGGCCUUGGUCUGUCGACUCACGCGGUGUCCGGGCCGCAGCUGGAGGUUGACCUGCUUGGGUUCCGCGUCGACGGGCGGAAGGGAGCCGUGCACAUCGCGCCCCUGCGGUUCUGGCGGCUGGUCCUCGCCCUCGAGCACAUUGCAGGGCACCCUAUGCUGACCGGAGCGGAGCUGGAGCGGCUGGUGGGCCACGUGACGCACGUGCUGCUCCUGAGGCGUGAGCUGCUCAGCUUGCUGAACGCCUGCUACGUCUUCAUUAGCAAGUGCUACGACAGGCGGGUGCGUUUGUGGCCAUCUGUCCUCAAGGAGCUCGACUGGCUGCGCUCCCUGCUGCCGCUGGUCUGGGCCGACCUGCGCGGCGCCUGGGCGCCCACAGUGACGGCCGUGGACGCUUCGAUGACCGGGUUCGGAGUGGUCGAGAGGACCGUCAGCCCGGACGUCGUCGGCUCCGUCGGGCGCGUGCGGGAGCGCUGGCGUUUCAAGGAGGAGGAGCUGGUGGCCGAGGGGUCCCGGGCUCGCGCCUUGAGAGAAGGUGCGCCUGUUGACUCGUCCUUCCCUGACGUGCCUGCCAGCCUCUGCAAGUCGACGGACUGGAGGCGGUGUCCCCCGGCCGCGGCAGGCGAGCUGCCUCGCCAGCGGUCCCUCGGGCGCGGCCGCGGUCAGGCGAGGCGGCGCGGGCGCCCGCAGGCCGGUGCCGCGCGUCGCACGGCGCUGCCCUGGCACCGCCUCCUGGGCUCGAGUGUUUCGGGCCUCGAGCUGGAGUCGGUGAGGCCCUCGACCCAGCAGACCUACCUCCGAUUCUUGCAUGGCCUGUGCACCUGGCUGGGCCUGGCGCGUCUGCCGACCUGGAGUGCGCCGGAGUGGGGCGAUGCGCUGCUGCAGUACCUGCACGACGAGUUCGAAGCGGGUGCGAGGCCGCACGGAGCUGCCAAGUUGCUGUCGGCCCUCCUGUGGGCCCGGCCCGGGCUGGGGCGGCCGCUACGAGUGGUCCUUCCCAGGUGCAGCCGGGCUCUGCUGGGCUGGAAGCGACGGCAGCCCGGCCAGUCCCGUCCUCCUCUGCCGUGGAUAGUGCUGUGUGGAGUGCUGGAGAUCCUCCUCAUGCGCGGGCUUCGGUUCAUGGCGUGCGCGCUGGCCCUGAUGUUCCACUGCUACCUUCGACCAGGAGAGCUGCUGGCGCUGCGGGGCUUCCAGCUGGUGCCCCCGGCGCCGGGUCUCAGCGGAGGCUUCCGCUGGUGGACGCUGCUGCUGCACCCAGAGGAGCUUCAGAUCCCGAGCAAGACGGGGGAGCUGGACGACUCCCUGCCGCUGGACGUGCCAGAGCUGCAGUGGCUCACGCCGCUCCUUCUCGAGCUGCGUGCGACGGUCAAGCCCCUCGAGCCGCUCUGGAGUUUCGACUACGUGCAGCUGCGCGCCGAGUUCGAGGGCGCGCUAGCGGCGCUCGGGCUCCUCCACCUGGGGGCGACGCUGUACAGCCUCCGGCACGGAGGCGCGAGCCACGACAGGAUCGUCGACCGGCGGUCCUUGGAGGAGGUCGCCAAGCGCGGCCGGUGGCGCGCGCGCCUGUCGGUGAGGCGGUACGAGAAGCACGGCCGGCUGGCGCUGCAGGUCGCGCGGGUGCCCGCCGCUGUCCAGCGGCACCUGCGCCUCAGCGAGCAGAGGUUGGCCGACCUGUUCGCGAACGCCUCUGCGCUGCGCUCGGCCGGGUCAGCCCGCGGCCUCACCGUCCUGGAGUGGGACAUCGUUCGAAGUCCCAUGUUUGACCUCACCAACCGCGCGGCCGUCGAGACUCUGAAGGGCUGGAUUCUCAGUGGUGAGGUGAGCCAGACGAGCCGCCUGGUGAACCUUGAAUCGCUUGUCAAGGAGCUCGACUGGCUGCGCUCCCUGCUGCCGCUGGUCUGGGCCGACCUGCGCGGCGCCUGGGCGCCCACAGUGACGGCCGUGGACGCUUCGAUGACCGGGUUCGGAGUGGUCGAGAGGACCGUCAGCCCGGACGUCGUCGGCUCCGUCGGGCGCGUGCGGGAGCGCUGGCGUUUCAAGGAGGAGGAGCUGGUGGCCGAGGGGUCCCGGGCUCGCGCCUUGAGAGAAGGUGCGCCUGUUGACUCGUCCUUCCCUGACGUGCCUGCCAGCCUCUGCAAGUCGACGGACUGGAGGCGAGCUGCCUCGCCAGCGGUCCCUCGGGCGCGGCCGCGGUCAGGCGAGGCGGCGCGGGCGCCCGCAGGCCCUCGACCCAGCAGACCUCGCUCCCCCUCGACCCAGCAGACCAAGUCCAGCGAGUCGGGAGUUCGCCCCCCCAUGGAGUGGGCGAGUCGCGCCGCCGGCGCGGUGGGGGGCCUCGCUCAUCUCGGCGCCGCCUGGUACGGGCAGCACUGCACCUGCCACGUGGACCUGGGCGAGGUCUGUUCGUCCGACAAGGACCUGAUCAGGCUGCUCGAGGGGCAGCUCCAGCGGUGCGGACCGGCGAACCUCACGGUGCCGGCGCCGUGCCCUGUGCCGGAGUGCUCCGGCCACCCAGGGAGCGUGGUCUUCCUCGCCUCGCUCCUCGCCUUCUUCGCGGGAGCGGUCGUCUCGGCUGGGGGCAUCUGGGCCUGGUCGCAGCGCCAGUCUCGACGAGCCUGGCAGGGGUCUCGCCCGUCGGUCGCCGAGCAGCGGGUGCUCGUCUUCUACGACCCGGACCCCAGCGAGCUGCUAUGGCAUGAGCGCCUCUUGUGCGCUCACGUGCGGGCGAACGACUGGAUCGUGGCGACGCCCGACAGAGACAUCUACCUCGAGGACUUGGAGGGUGGUAUCGAGGGCAUGGUUCCGCUUGGCCCGAUGGGCGGCCUUCCUGUCGGGUGGUCGCGGGGGCCCACUUACUUGUUCCGCAACUCGGCGCAGGGCCCCCUCAGCAAGGCGGAGAGCGGCCGCUUGCAGGCGGAGGGCGAGGAGCUGGCCGUGGCCGAACGUGCUGGACUCGCUGCGGGUGCGCCGCCGGCGCUGGGCGCGGGGGGCGCCCCUGACCUGGGCGAAGGCGAGUGGCGCUUCAUGGAGUCUCGCGGCGGGGCAUGCCUGGGCGAGCGCGUGCCAGCUGGCCUCCUGGAGUCGGGCGUCUGCGUGGGGGACAGAGGGAUUGUCAAGUCCGAGGGCGUCCCCGUCUCUUGCCGCUUCUUCAAGGCCGGCGAGCAGAUGCCGACCCCUCGUGGCGACGGCGGGCCUGUCGAUUCUCCAGGGGAGCUCAGGACCCUUCCCGUCAAGUACGAGACAGCCGAGUCCCGGCACCGCUCGUACAAGGAGGCCGCGGCGCUGACGACGACGACGAACUUCGAGGAUUGGCCGAUCAGCGGUCCGAGGACGGCGGAGUGGCUUGCACGGGAGAUCGCCCGCCAGGAGUUGACUCCCGUGAGACGUCACUACUGGUGGCGCCAGCUUCUCAGCCUCGGUCCCUCCGACUGGGGAGUGGGGGAGCACGAGGCGCUCAGCCGGCUCUUCGAGUACGCCCUGACGUACGACCAGCUGAACUUUGGAGAGCUCGCGUCGCUUGAGCUCGCGGGGCGCCGCUACCAGCUUCUGGAGGAGAAGUACGCGCGCAUGCUGGUGGAGGCGACCGCUGGCGGCGACGGCGCUCACUUGGACAACGACCGCCUGUUCAUGGGCGAGGAGCGUCGCCACGGCCGGGCGCUCGUCGCGCCCGCUCUGGAGUCGCGGGUAUCCCAGAGGCUGGCCGAGGAGAGCGCGGUGCUGAAGGAGCGACGCAAGGCGAUGGAGGAGCGUCAGCUGGCGCGCUCCACCGAGGUCGCUCCCGCGGGCGGCCGCGGCGCGGAUGACGACAAGAACAGGCCCCCCAAGAGGCCGCCGAAGAAGGGCGGCCCGGGGGGAGGUGGCAAUUGA